AUGGAACAGCAUGUGUUGCUGGGGGCCAGCCGUUCAGACAAGAGUACAAGUCAGUCCAGCCGUUCACUCGGUGCCCGGUGCAGAAACUCUAUCGCCUCCUGCUCUGACGAGCAGCCGCACAUCGGCAACUAUCGUUUACUCAAGACUAUCGGCAAGGGAAAUUUUGCCAAGGUCAAGCUGGCACGCCACAUCCUGACAGGCAGAGAGGUUGCAAUAAAAAUCAUAGACAAAACUCAGUUGAAUCCAACCAGCCUACAAAAGCUCUUUCGGGAGGUACGAAUAAUGAAAGGCUUAAAUCACCCCAACAUAGUGCAGCUGUUUGAGGUGAUUGAGACAGAUAAGACCCUUUACCUGAUCAUGGAGUAUGCCAGCGGAGGUGAAGUAUUUGACUACCUCGUGUCUCAUGGAAGAAUGAAGGAGGUUGAAGCCAGAGCCAAAUUUCGACAGAUUGUUUCUGCUGUCCACUAUUGCCACACUAAGAAUAUUGUCCACAGAGAUUUAAAGGCGGAGAAUCUCCUGCUGGAUGCCGAUGCCAAUAUCAAGAUAGCCGAUUUCGGUUUCAGCAAUGAGUUCACACUGGGAAACAAGCUGGACACAUUCUGUGGCUCGCCACCCUAUGCUGCCCCAGAACUUUUCCAGGGAAAGAAAUAUGAUGGACCCGAAGUGGAUGUUUGGAGUCUGGGAGUCAUCUUGUACACACUGGUCAGCGGCUCGCUGCCUUUUGAUGGGCAGAAUUUGAAGGAGCUGAGGGAGCGUGUGCUGAGAGGAAAGUACCGCGUGCCCUUUUACAUGUCCACAGACUGUGAAGGGAUCCUCCGGCGAUUCCUGGUGCUCAAUCCCGCCAAACGCUGCACCCUAGAUCAAGUCAUGAAGGACAAGUGGAUAAAUUCAGGGUAUGAGGGUGAGGACCUAAAGCCUCAUAUAGAACCUGUUGAAGACUACAGCGAUCCUGCUCGCAUAGAGGUGAUGGUUGGCAUGGGCUUCACCCCUGAUGAAAUCAAGGACUCUCUGCUCAAUCAGAAAUACAAUGAAGUCACUGCUACCUACUUACUGCUGGGCCGCAAAGGCGAUGAGGGCAGCGAGGCCCGCUCAGCCAGUACCCUGUCUUUGGCGAGGGUGCGACCGAGUCCUAUCACCAAUGGAACUAACAAACACUCUUCAACAGCUACUGGCUCCUCUUCUUCUUCCACCUCCUCUUCACACAGUAAGACACAGCGCAGUGCCUCCACUUAUCACAGGCAGCGACGACACAGCGACUUCUGCGGGCCUUCCAUGCCCGUCAUGCACCCCAAACGGAGCCCCACGAGCACGGGCGAGAGGGAGCUACGAGAGGGACGAAUGCCUUCCCGCAAGGCCAGUUGCAGUGUGAUGGGAAGCCACAGCCUCCCUCCAUCCAGUCCAAUGGUUAGCAGUGCCAACAACCCCAACAAGUCGGAGAUACCAGACCGCCGUAAAGACAUGACCGCCACCACAAAUAACAUCCCUGGAAGUGCUAUGACACGCCGAAACACAUACGUGUGCACGGAUCGCUCAGGAGCUGACAGGCACUCUCUCCUGCAGAAUGGCAAAGAUAACAGCUCCCUGGGCCACCGGAUGCCUGCAGCGUCUCCAUCCACACUCAGCAUUUCUGGGGCCGGAGCUGCAUCUUCCUCUUCUUCGGACCGAUGCCGCUUGACCCGAGGCUCCACCAUCCGCAGCACCUUCCACGGUGGACAGCUGAGGGACCGUGGCCCGCCGAUAUACUCAGCCCCGCCCACUUCACCUACCCUGUCCCACCAUGACGCCAGCCCGCUGCCCCACGCUCGCACCAGGGCAACCUCCAACCUCUUCACAAAGCUGACCUCCAAACUCACUCGCAGGGUCACAAAUGAAUCUGAGGGAAUCAGGAGAUUUGCGGUCACAAGUUGCCAUCUACCUGGGUAUCAAAAAGCGUCCGAGCCCAGGGCCGUCGGACGUGGCUGGGAUCUGAGAAGCAGUGGGCGGCGGGACCCUGCGGAGGUUGUAUUGGCUCUGCGGGAGGCAGCACUCGGAUGUGGCUGCCAGGUGCACCACGCCGGCCCCUUUCUGCUCUCCUGCACCCACGGCGUGGCAGGGGGCCGCGUGGCUUUUGAGGCCGAGGUGUGCCAUCUUUCCACGGGCGCCUCCGGGACUUCCAACGGGGUGCGCUACACACGACUCUGGGGUGCACCACUAGCUUUUCGGGACAUCGCCACCCAAAUAUCCAAGGAUCUUGAACUCUGA